UUUGUCUGAUUACUAUUACGGUUAUCUUAUUGGUUUUUUCCCCCCUUUUUUGGUUUUGUGGGAUCUCCCAUUGUCUGAUGCUGUGUAAUUCCUUGGCACAGCUCUGGUGACCCUGCUAUUCAGGAGUACCCCUUGUGUGUCCAAUUAUCCCCUUUGGGGUUAUCAUCCCCUUCUGUCUGUGCCUUCCCCUAUCGGGGUUUUUUUUACUUUUUGACAUCUGACUGAGUUUUCUCCCAGUCCCUUUCACACUGCGCACUUCCCCUCGGUCUCCCUCCCCCAUCCGCUUCUCUUUCGCGCCGCGGCUCACCUCUGAUCUUGCCGCCGGCGCUCCUGCUUGCCGCGCUUCGCUCCGCCCGAGAUCUCGCGAGAUCUCGGGCGCUUCCGCUUCCGGUUUCAGUGCGGCGCUCCGGAGUCUCGGCGCACCCUGCUCUGCAUCUGCUCUCCGGCUCCUGUGCUCGGCGGCCUCCCUACUUACCGGCUCCUGCUUUUCUGUCAGGUUUUUUUCUCCCCCACUCUAGCUCCUCUCCCUGGCUGGGGAAAAUCCUCACCAGCGGAGUACUUAGGGUAGGAUUCGUUUUCAGAUUAACUCCUUCACUACAGAUAUAGAGGCGGGCUGUGUGAUUAUGCCCCAUACAGAUCUCAGUGGGCAGGGCCCUAUGGAAGAGGAUAUGCCUCAGGCUGAUUUAACCCCUUCUGGGGACGAUUGUGAUACAGGGACGCCCUCUGCGGAUCCUUCCCUGGUUUUUCAAAAUACCUUAUCCAAUGCGAUUGCUGCGGCUAUGGGAUCAAUGACUUCGGUCAUAUCCCAGUCCAUUGCCCAGGCCCUUGCCUCCCAUCCAGCCGCCUCUACCACCCCACAGCCCGCUACGGUUUCUAGACCAACCGGGCCAGGGCCUGCCUCCAGAACAAGCUUGACUGGUGACGUUGUCUCCACCAAUGUUGGCGCGCUGGGUUCGCGCAAGAGAGCCUGUACGCGUCAGGCAGAACAUACGCGCAGUUGGAAAAAUGCUAGAGCACAGCAGGAUACAGCUUCCGGCUCUGAGGUCGGUUCUGAUGAGGAGGCCAUAGAUGACGCCUUUGAGGAGGCACAGGACGACCCUUCCGGGGUCAUAGAUUCUAACCCCUUACCCGGGUGCAGCUCCAUGGUUUCGGCAGCAGAUGUGUCCUUGACGGACCCAUCAGGGAAACCUCUCUUUGACCCGGAUUCCCUACACCACCCUCGGUCAGCGGAGUGGUUGCCGUUGGAGCAUGUCUUCAAAUAUUUGGAGGCCCGCGUGCGUUGCCCCCUCUCCAAAGAGGCGCGCAACAAGCUUAGGGCUGAAUGCCCCAGACCCAUAAUUCCCAACAGGGUUUGCGAGACUCCAGCGGUAGACCCCAAAAUGACCCAAUUCCUCACCAAAUCUGGGUGGAAUCCGAGGAAGGGUCUGGAGUCGGCCCUGCGUGCCUGUCAGGACAAGCUCCUGGACAUAUUUGGCCCCCUGGCAAAGAUUUUUGACCUGGCCGAGGCUGCCAAGGCCGAGGGUAAGCAAGUAGACCCUCUAGAGCUGCGCGAGUGGGUGCAGCGCGCGAUUUGCGUGGCAGGAAACGUUAACACGUCCCUGGCCAUUGAACGGCGCAAGGCCAUACUUUUCAAGAUUGAGCCUAAACUAUCCAACUUGGCGCUUACCGAAGCCGGUAAGGAGGCCCAGGGCCUGCUGUUUGGCGAGUCCUUUAUUAAGGACUUAGGACGGUUUGUCGGUGCUUUUACAGCACUCGAUAAAGCCCAGAGUUCAAUGAAACGGGUGUUUCACGGUAGGGUCUCUACCAGGGCCGGCAGUUUCAGGGGCCGUCUGUCCGGCCGUGCCCAUUUUCAGUCCCGUGCUACGGGCAGAGGCUCCUUCUCCCAGAGACCUGCGUUCCAGGAGCAGAGGCGAGAGACAUCUUCCUUUUUCCCUUCCCGGGGAGGAUCCUGGAGACCUAGAGGAUACAGAGGAAACCCUGGUUCCAGACGACCUUAUGGUUGAGACCGGCCCGGUGUGCGGUGUCUGUUGGUCUACGUCGUCGGCAGUUUGGUUCCGGCCGUUCGGUUGAUGUGGACAGGACGAGGAGCAUCCUUCGGCGCUGUUUCCGGCUCUUCCCGUUUCGCUUCCGGAUGGAAGGCGGUUGUUGUUCCAUGUUGUUCUGGACUCUUGGUUUUCCGGUUCUGUUGGAUGUUCGGACUUGAGUUACAAAGAAAGAGGAGGAUUUGCAGGCGGAGUGGCCUGUUAUACUGGGACUAUGGGGAGGGGCUGUUCAAAUGUUCAAUAUUUUCUUUUUAUC